GAAAACGCUUUGAAAAAGCUUGGAGAUUCAUUGAGUUGAUAAGGUAGCCGGCCGAUCAGUUCUUUGCGAGAUUUGCGAGUCAACUUAUUAUUAUUGAAAAAAAUAUUUAAUCGUUUAAAAAGUUUUUAUAAAAAUUUAAUUUCAACUUUACCUUCAUUUUUAAUUAUCAGCAAUUUUUUAUUAUGGAAGAUCUGAAUAUUGUUUUGAUCCGACUGGUGAAAGGCCAUCCUGUAAUUUUUGAGAAACAGUCCAGGACAUUCAAAAAUGCCACAUUGAAAAAAAAAUCAUGGCUGAGUAUUGUAGGGGACUUUUUUAAGAAAACUGGCAUUGAAAUCUCUGUGACACAAGCUAGCAAUAGAUGGGACUUAUUGAAAGCAGGCUACACGGAGGUACGGAGAAACAACAAAACAUAUAUCCCAUCGGGAUCCGCUGCCAGUGCGGACACUAACAAGAAUUCCGAUCACUGGAUGUACUAUUCGGAAAUGAAUUUUCUCAAAGAAAGCGUUGAUCAUGCAGAUACAACUGAAACCUUUCAGAACACACGCUCCCACAUUAAUGAAGAAGAGAAUCAGGAGGAAUUCGAAGAAUAUGGAUACCAAGAUACAGAAGGACCUGUGGGAACAGGUGAUAUAUUCCACUUCUUCCCAGUACCCUCAACAUCUGCUGCAACAGCUGAGGAAAAUGUUGAUAUUCGAUCAAAUAAUAUGUCAAAGCUAAAAAAGAAUGAUGUCAGAACAGAAAGACUUUUAGUAAUAGACGAUAUGUGGAAGCGCAUCUCCGAAAAAAAUAGAGUACCAUGUUACAGAGAGUUAAAAAAACUGAUAACAAAAGACAUAUUGCUCAUAAAUUAAGCAAACAGAUUAUUUAAAGAAAGUUGGCCCAGAAAAAAAGUUUAAUUAAUUUAGUUAAACAUAUCUCAGUUAAAAAUUUUGUGAAAAAAUUCAAUUUUUUAUUAAAUUGCAAUUUAAAUAGUUUAAAAUUUUAUAGACAUUUCUUUAAAUAUAAAUUAUUAAAAAAAUUUUAGUUAACUGUCUUUUGGAAGUUGAAAUAAUCACAAACUUUUAAUUACAAUACUUUCGAAAUUAUAUAAAUUAUAUAAAAUAUUUUCAAAAGCCUUACAUUAUUUGUUUUAAAAAAAUAAUAAACCAUUUUGCAAAGUUUUGUUAUUUCUAGAAUUUUAAAAGAAUUUUUCCGACAAUUCAGUCAUUUAAACAAUUAUCAAUUUCAAAAAUCGAUAAUUAAGAUUGUCAAAUUCAUAUUAUUCGUUCAAUUUAUUAAACUGUCUUAAAAAUAAGUAUUAUUUCUGGGCCAAAUAGUUUUUAUCCUAAUCCACAUUUUAUUUCAA